AUGACACCAGCUGGGAAGUUGUCUCUUGUACUAAUACCUGCUCUAGCGGUCGUUCUCGGUGUCGCCCACUUGUAUCUUGACUGGAACUUCCUGCUUUUCAAGCAAAGCAACGACGGACCCCAUGCCAAGGGACCGAAGACCUACCUGCUAUCAGAGGAUCCCUUAGUGGUGUACAUACAAGACUUCAUCACGCCCCAAGAGGCAACCCAUCUGGUCCAGCUCGCCGAGCCCCGAUUCAAGCCCUCCGUACUUUGGACGGAUAAAGGCAAAGUCCACAGAGACUCGGCCUACCGAUCCUCCAUGACGGCCAAGCUGCCCCGGGACAAGACCGUUCAACAGAUCGAGGAUCGCGCACGGAGCUUCCCUUUCUACGAGGCUGUUGGCGACUUCCAGCCCCUGGUGGUGCAGAACUACGGCAUAGCAGGACAGUAUCGCGACCAUUAUGACUGGUACGGCGACGCCAGCGCGGUCGGCGGCAAUGUGGUCUCGACUUUCUUCGUGUAUAUCCACGCAAAUUGUACCGGAGGAGGGACAAACUUCCCACGACUGCCGCCGCCGCCGGAGGAGGAAGAGUGGUGGUGCCAGUUCAUCGAUUGUGACCGGCCCAUCGAUGACGGCGUCACCUUCAAGCCGAUCCAAGGGAAUGCCGUAUACUGGAACAAUCUCCGUGGCGACGGCAGGGGGAACCCGCAAACCUUGCACGCAGGAAUGCCUGUGACUUCGGGGAACAAGAUGGGGUUGAACAUGUGGACGUGGCAGUCCGUUUGA